AUGCGAGGCCUUGUGGUUCUUCGAUCGACGCCGGAGAGGAACACCACCGGAGGAACUGUCGACGCUCGUGAUCAACGAAGAAAAGGUGCCGGUAGGACGCCGAAUGAAGUACCUGGGCUUGACCAUCGACAGCGAAUGGACGUUCGGGCCACACUUCGAGGACUUGGUCCCAAGGGUGACAGCCGCGGCGAACGCCUUAUGCGGCUUACUACCAAAUAUCGGUGGCGCGGGACUGGGAGUCCGCCGACUCUACGAGGGAGUGGUCCGAUCGCGAGUCCUCUACGGAGCUCCGGUCUGGGCCGAAGAUCUGUUGGUGAGUCGUCGCAGCCUGACCUUGGUGAGGAGACUGCAAAGAACGACCGCCAUCCGUAUAGCGACAGGACCGUGUCUUACGCGGCGGCGACCGUGUUGACCGCGUCCCCUCCGUUUGAGCUGCAGGCCCUGGCACUCCGUCGGGUGUACGAACACCGGAGGGCCCUGAUUGCCAGCGGGGAUGCGACGCCGACGUCGGCGGACGUCCGGGAAGAAGCGAAGCUGGAGAUUUGGGAGCGCUGGCGCUCUCUACUCAUGGAAGAGGAUACCGUGCGACCGCAUCGCGCCGUGCGCGCCGUGCUUCCCAACUGGGAAGAGUGGAGAGAUCGAGGCGGCGUUCCGCUUACAUUCAGAACGACGCAGGUGCUCACCGGUCACGGAGUGUUUGGCGAGUACCUGCUCAAGAUUCGGCGCGAGGUGACGUCCACCUGUCACCACUGUGAGGAGGAGGAAGACACUGCGCAGCACACGUUGGAAUUCUGUCCGGCGUGGGAGGUCUCGCGACGCGUCUUGCGACUCGAAAUCGGCGAGAGAUUGGCCCCGGAUGCUAUAAUUGCGGCAAUGCUCAGGGGUCGCCAGGAAUACAUUGCCGUGCGCACCUACUGUGAGCAAGUGAUGCUCACGAAGGAGCGAGCGGAAAGAAGGCGGGAAAGAACUCAGCAUCCUAGCAGAACUCGGAAUCGAGCGGUUGCCGCGUCGUCGACGCGCUAG